UAAGAAGUGCGAAAAGUGAAAAUUGAAAAUCUGUUUGGCUAAAUCAACAUUAUUAAAACAAAUAAAAGAAAAAAGGAGUAGCAGCAAAGUGAGAAAAGGAGUUUUUGUACAAGAUGAGUAAGUUACAGGAUAUUGGCAAAAAAUUAGACGACCUGCAAUUGAUAGUCGAAGCACAGAAUACUGCUAUAAUGGAUGCAAUAGCGGUCCAAAAGGUGGCGACUGAGCAAUUGAUUCGCCAAGAAUCAAAAAAUGCACCCAUCACAAAAUAUUUCCCAAUAAGUGACGUCCCAGAAAUGCAUCAGUUGGAGGAAAAAAUUACCCCUACUAACAGAGAUGUAUAUGAAUCUGCGAUGUCUGCUAUUUUAUGCAACAAUCUCAGAAAUAUAAGGCUGCUGUUAAAUAAGGACGUCAUAGCGUCAAUAAACGUGGAUGGUUCACAUGGAAAGAUAAGCUUAAAAUCUUUCCCAAAUUUUUAUGCUUCAUUGACUGGAGCCAUUGCCAAAUUACCAUUUAAGGGAUUGUCGCCGGAGGAAGCGCUGCGCAAAGCCAUUGCUUUCGAAAAAGCUAAAUGCUUUAAGAAAGCUUAUCGACAAAAAAAGAAGAAUUCUGCAUCUUAAACUACUACCCCUCCAAUUGUUUUUUUUUUUUUUUUUAAUAUAAAACUGCAAUAGUACAAAGUUGUAAUAUUUCAGACUUUAAAUUCUGACUUCUUAUUUCUGGACUGAAUUUUUCUUUUUUAAUUUUUAUUAUAAAAUUAUUUAAAAAAUGUGAUUUAUAAAGCUCGUAAAGAAACCAGAACGAAUAUUUAUUUUAAAAUUUUCGCAGCUAAAAACUCACAAGAAAUAUUCUCCUAAAAGUUUGUAGCCCAUUUUAUUUCGUUUUUUUUUCUUAAAGAAUAAAUUUUGUUCACGCGUUAUAUGAAAGCAAGAAAUCAACGCGAACUUUUUGAGUGGAGUACAAAACUGCGUAAACGAUUUUUUUAAGAUACAUUUUUUUAAAUUUUGAUGAUAAUUUCUUUCAUGAGUUUUGCAAAAAUUUUGAUUUGUCAGAUUUAUGUUAGAGAAGCUGUAUUUAAAGUGUUUAAAGUCAAUUAAAUAAAAAUACAUAUUUUAAAACGAAGGCUUCGGAUAAAAUUUAUCUUGAUUGUUAAAGGGAUUUUAGAGGUUUUAUAACGACUGGGCUCAUUCUGCUACCAUUGCGACCUACAAAGCGACUAGUCCCUUUUUAUACCCAUUUGGGUAUAAAUGGGUACAAUUAGUCUCUUCAUAGGACAUGCUCGAACAAAAGGGAACAGUUCAGUCCAUACAAAGAGAUGUAAAGUGGGAUUAGUCGCAUGUUCCUUUGCGACUAACCCCGGACACAUCCCGGACUAGUCGCAUUUUUUGCAGGGGUGGAUUGUAAGUGGUGAUGUGGUGAGUGUGGUAAAGUUUGCGUGUCAGUGUGUGUUGAUGUAGGGGGAGGAUGCUCAUUUAUACAGCUAGGAACGCCUCAUACCGAAUCCAGUCGGUUCGCGCACAAAUAUAUUAAAAUAACAUUAAAGUAAAUGCAUCAAAACAAACUUGAGUUAGAGCAAUAGAAAUGCACAAUCACUAUAUCAAACAAUUCUAAACAUUCAAACAUCAAAACAACCUUGAGUUUGAAUACCACACCAACCUCAUCAAAGAACAAGGGGAAUGCACUAUAUCUAAGAAAACAAUAUAUUUGUAAACAAACCCAAACAAAUAAAAUAAUAUAAAUCUGUAUCUAAACAAACUAUCAAUUAGUAAUAAGAGAAUAUACUAGUGAUUACAAAUAGAAAUAAAAACCUUGUAAUAAGUUAG